AUGAGUGAAGAAAGCGCUGUCAAGCCUGGUUCCGGAGCGAAAAAUGAUGAAAAAUCCACCACUAGUAGUGCCUCAUCGCAGACCGCUCCGUCUACUUCCAGCAGUGCAGAGACCAAAUUGUCCAACAAGGAGUUGAAGGAGUUGAAGAAGAGGGAAAAAGCGGCCAAAAGAACGGCUCAAAAGGAAGCAAGUGGGAUUUCGAUAGAAAAACAGCAGCAACAGGCACAGCAGAAAAGAGAAAAAAAACAGGUCCAGAGAGACCAAUUGCAGUCUGGAGCUGGUAGUCAGAAGGGGAAGCUGGUAACAGCGGCGCCGCCAGUCAAGGAAUCGACACUUUAUGGUCAUUUGGAAACCACAGAGGAAAGACGUGCGUAUCUUCUGGCUGUGACAAGUGCGAUUAGCUCUAGUCAAGCUUCCAAAAUCACGGCUGCUGGGUUGAUGCUCCCUCAUGUGGCUAGUUCGUUGAGCGGAGGCCAUGUACCUACGUCCUCUGGUCUUUCUUCUGCUGCUCCUACGACUAACACGCAGUCUCACAGUGUGACCACUGCAGCAGAGGCCUCCACUGCGGACCUUGCACAAAUGUUGGCAACCAUGGCAGUAGAAGACCAGUCUUCCAUGGUUGCUGGAACAUCCACAGUGAUCCCGCAAACGUUGCUCAAGUCCUUGAGCAGUCCUCACCUCAACUCCUCUAUCAAGGAACUGAUCACAAACAGAGCUUUGCUCCAUCCCGCCAUAGCUCAACUAACGUCCGAUAUUGCAGGCUACAAGAUUAUCGGGUCUAUACCUCGUUGUUUGAUGAUGUUAGAGGCGUUUCAAAUUGCUAUUAAGGACUACAAGACACCUGAAGGAACAACCUUGAGUCGUAAUCUCACAAGUUAUCUAUCUCAUCAGAUUGACUUUUUGAAAAAAGCCAGACCCUUGAGCGUAACAAUGGGUAAUGCAAUUCGUUGGUUGAAACAAGAAAUUUCCCUUAUCGAUAUCAACACCCCGGACAUCGAAGCCAAAGAAGGCUUAUGUGAGCAAAUUACUCAGUUUGCAAAGGAGAAGAUCGAGCUUGCAGACCAGUUAAUUAUUGAAAAUGCAUCUCAGCACAUUUCGAAUGGAUCAACAAUUCUAACAUACGGGUGCUCGAAAGUCCUUUGCGACUUAUUCAUUCAUAACGCCACAAAGCUCAACAAAAGCUUUCAGGUCAUCAUUGUGGAUUCAAGGCCAUUGUUUGAAGGUCGGAAAAUGACAGAGAAAUUGAGAAAUCAUGGGCUCAAUGUAAUGUACGUUCUUACAACGAGUUUGGGAACCGUUUUCAACAUGCACAUCAACUAUGUCUUCUUGGGCGCACACUCUAUUUUAUCCAAUGGCUUCUUGUAUUCCAGGGUCGGUACUGCCAUGCUGGCCAUGAGUGCUAAGAGAAGAAAUAUACCCGUCCUGGUGUGUUGCGAGAGUUUGAAGUUUUCACAAAGGGUCCAACUGGAUAGUGUGACGUCCAAUGAAUUAGCGGAUCCAAAUGACUUGGUGGUUAUAGAUUCGAAAAAUCCGGUGGAGAGGCGCGGGAACAAAGGUUUUUUGCUUCAGCAAUUCAUCAAGGAAAGGGAGCUGGACAUUGCCGCUCAAGCCCAGGAUCAAAAGAAGACCGGGAAAGGUGUUACUCAGAACGAGGCCUCGAGUAAAAAGCAGGAUCAAAAGCCUAUACUUGCCGACUGGCAAACAUCGCCAAAGCUUAAUAUUUUCAACAUCAUGUACGACCUGACGCCGCCGGAGUACAUCAAAAAGAUCAUCACAGAAUUUGGUGCCCUGCCACCUUCUUCAGUUCCGGUGAUUCUACGAGAAUACAAAGGUUCAGCGUAG